AUGCAUGACUCAAACACUAUGUUAAGCCCUGCUGAUUUUAGUUUAGUAUCACAAUCCAGGAAAACAGGAAACAGGACAGUACUUACCUGUUCAUCACGAUGAAGCUGAUCCUUUCUCUGACUCUCCUCUGGGCACUCUCCAGUACAGCUGGAGCACUUCAGUGUCAAACUUGCAUAAAUCAGAAUUGUUCAAGCACAGUACCACAACCAUGUUCCUCAGAGACGGCGUGCAUAGCAGCUUCCAUUCAAGCCAAUGUCUCUGGCUUUUCAACACAGCAAAUCUUCAAGGCGUGUGCACCGUCCUCCCUCUGUCCAGCCCUAGGCCCUCAGACAUUUUCAGGCAACGUUGGUUUUGCGAAUGCCCUUGUAUAUGCUAACUGCUGCAACACAGAUAAUUGCAACAUGAAUAUUAUACCUAUCCCUGUGGCUCAGACAAAUAACAGCCUAAAGUGUUACACAUGUGACCUUUUCACCUCUAAUUGCAACUCUUCAAUACAAUGUAAAGGAGUGGAGAACUCCUGCAUUCAAGCAACGUUGACGACUUUGUCCAGCACUUUUCUAGCCUUUGGCUGCGCUUCUACAAACCUGUGUGCAGCUGCCAGCCUGGGUAACCUAACUUCCAUUGAAAGUGUCAAUGCCACUGGAGUAUCCUGUUGUGGGACCAGUUUGUGUAAUACUGUCAAAACUAACACAACCUCUGUCCCAACAACCGCUGCCCCAACUACCAGUGAAGCCGGCUGCCGUAUCAGACUGGGUAUGAUCCAUCUGCUGCUCGGACUACUUGUGUUUACCCUCUGUUAGAAUCCAGAAACAGCUGUGACUAUGCACCUAGGAAGCCACCAGAAUGACCUUUUAAAGCGUGGACUUGGGUUUACUACUCACUGAUAUCUUUAGUUGGUAUUUAUAGAUCCAAAUGUUGGGAAAGGGGGGAUGGAGUCUGGGUGAAGCUGAGGUGGGACAAGUAGGCAGCAAUGUAAUAGACACACAUACAUGGGGACAAGGGAACACUACUAUUUUACACUAUUAUUAUCCAAAAUGGUCUGGUUAUUGAAUAAUGAGGAUUGUCAGAGCUGUGCAGUUACCGGAAAAUAAAGCCCACUAUUGCUAUUGAUCAUGUAAAAAUAUAAAAUGCUCAUUGAUAGUUAAUUGUGUGGUCAAGCAGGGUGACAUGUUUCUGAUGACUACACCUUUCCAUUAAAUGGAAAUCUUUGCUCAAGUCUUGUGCAUCAUUUUAAUUAGCAUUUUCCUUUACUGAUUUUCUGGAACUUAGUUUGAAACUUGCACUGCAUUUGGUUGGAAACUUGAGUGUUUAAACUGACGACCAAAGAUUUCACCAAGUUUUCCAUCACAUUUCAUCAUCUGAUCUUCAAAAUCACACAAUGUAAAGAGCCCUUUUAACUUUCUCCUAAUUUCAUCUCAAAGUGCACCAGAAGGCCUCAUUUACAUGUUAAAAUUGUAAAACAUGUUAUUGGAGCACCUAAACAACCCUUACUGAGGUUUGCUUUUGGAGUUUGCCGGUCUGAUUGUAAAAGCAGAAUAAAACAUUGUCGUAAUAAAGCCAACAUAUAAAGAACAUAGUGCAAGAAAACUGCCAACAGAGCUUUAUUGUAUGUUUGUCUUGGAACAUAAUAAACAGGUUGAUCAACUGAAUAAAAACGGGUGUAGGAAUAAACUCUAAUGACCUUGA